UCCUUCCCUCCUAACUCCUCACUUCAUAGUGCUGCGUACUAAAAACAUCGGACGCUAGGGGAUCAAGACGCAUGCCACAUUGCCUCUAUGUGUGCACUUUAACAGAUCUUUCGGGGUUUUUUUUCCCAGUAAGGGGGCUGUCGAGGGAGGACUUUUUUGUUUCCAUUGUCUGAUGACUGUUUGCAUGGCUGCUUAUUGAGUUGAUUGUUUAUUAUUUUGGCUGCUGUUGAUCGCCGCCCUGCGCGUUUUUUCCUCCCGUUUUGGAAUCGGCGACCUAUCCCGCGCUCACCAAUGUCCUAUCCUCAGGGUUACCUCUACCAGCCCCCGGGCUCGCUGGCUCUUUACUCGUGUCCGGCUUACGGGGCCUCGGCUCUGGCUGCCCCGCGGAGUGAAGACUUGGCGAGGUCGUCCUCCGGCUCAGCUUUCAGUCCUUACCCUGGAUCGGCUGCUUUCUCCGCCUCGGCUGGUGCAGGCUUCUCCAGUCCGCUGUCAUACUCCACGGAUCCAACUACGGGAUUCCCAUCAUACAUGAGCUCUCCGUAUGACGCGCAAACGUCAGGCAUGGCCGGGGCAUUAAGUUACCACCCAUACGGGAGUCCAGGGUACCCCUACCAACUCAACGACCCGGCAUACCGCAAAAACGCCACCAGGGACGCCACGUCCACCCUAAAAGCUUGGCUGCAGGAACACAGGAAGAACCCGUACCCAACGAAAGGGGAGAAGAUCAUGCUGGCCAUCAUCACAAAGAUGACCCUGACGCAGGUCUCCACCUGGUUCGCCAACGCUAGGCGGAGGCUUAAGAAGGAGAACAAGAUGACAUGGGCGCCCAGGAAUAAGAGCGAAGAUGAGGACGAGGAGGACGGGGACGGAGACAGGAAAGAAGUGGAGCGCUCUGAAAAAAAUCUGGAGAACAGCGAGGCUUCAGCGGAGGAUGAAGGUAUCAGCUUGCACGUCGACACUCUGACGGACCACUCCUGUUCGGCAGAGUCUGACGGGGAGAAGGUCAGCUGUCGCGUGGGGGAGCUGGGCUCUGACCGGGCCGGCGACGAGGACGGCGAGGACCAGAACCAUGAAGCGCGAGCUCAGCUCUCACCCGUGUCCGUCACAUCGUCGCCUCUGACGGGAGUAGAAGCUCCACUUCUCGGUCAUCACCACCACCACCACCUCCAACAACUCCACCAUCUCCACAGCCAGCGCGAGGAUUUGGCCCGAAGCCUCAUCAAUAACAACAUUAAUACCAAUAAAUCGUCUUCCUGCCUUGAUAGCAGACCCUCACCUCAGAACCCUACGGUCAAGCCCAAAUUGUGGUCUCUGGCGGAAAUUGCUACCUCGGACCAUAAGCAGCAUCAUCAACAACUGGGACAGAAUGGGCCACCAAAUUGCCCCUCCUCCAGCGGUGGCCUCCUUACCCCCCCUACGUCUUCCACCACCUCCCCGGCUGCCAGUUCCCCCUCCCUCUACCCGGCCCCCUCCAUCCUUGGAAGACCUAUUUAUUACACUUCUCCCUUUUAUAGCAAUUACACAAACUAUGGCAACUUCAGCCCCCUGCAGGGCCAAGGGAUCCUGCGGUAUACUAAUUCAUCAGGAGUGAGUCUGGCUGCUGCCGCUGCCGCCGCCGCCGCUGCUGCUGCUGCAGCAAACGAGGGUCUGAGCUCCUCUCACCAGGCUCUGGAGGCUGGCACAAACCCCAAACACAGGCCAGACUCUCCCCUCGUUAAAAUUAACCCAAACCACAUUGUUGUUGUCGAGCAGCAGCAGCAACAACCGCAUUUCAGACCCUCAAAUUUAGAAGCAAAGAAAGGUACGUAAUAGCAUGACGCGCUGAACAAAAUGAUAAGCAUUUUGAAAAUUAAUUUAAUCUGGUGUUGAAUCUUGAGAUUGUAUUUUUUCUUAAAUGCGGAAGUAAAACGAGUCACUUGUUUGCAAUGCAAAUCAACUGGGUUUUCUUUUUGUCACUUUCAUGUGUCUUAGUAGUCAUACAUGCAAAAAUUAACACUUCUUUCAAGCCAGCUUGCAUGAGACAGAAGUGGGAUAAUCUUCCACUAUUUGCGGAUUAUCACUUGUUUUAAAAUGACUACGAUUUUAGGACUGAUUAUGGGACUAAGUUACUUAUUGAAAUUGAUAUUUUACAGCACCGUCAAAGCAAACGAACAUGUAGGCCUAUAAUCCGUUGUCAGCGCAGUGCAUUUUCUUGAAUAAUCAAUUAAUUAUAAUUUAUAUAUAUUUAAUAAUACAUGUAUUUUGGUCUGUCAUUAAAUCAUUAGGCAUUGCAUUAGAAAGCAGUAGCAGAUAUGUUAUUAGACAAGUGUAGGUAUAAACUGCAAACACAUGUGCCUACACUUGCAGAUAAAGACAUUAACAUACACCAUGGAAGACAGGCCUCAAAUCAACCUAACCACACACACUCACGCACACACGCGCGUGCACACACAGUGGCAGUUUGUGAAUCCAAUAAGUGGAGAAAUGUUGCCAUACCUUUGACCAGAAAUCCUAUUUUUUAAUGUUUCCUCUGAUGUGUGUGUGUGUGUGUGCGCGCGCCCCAGACUUUAUCUUUCAGUUGGAUAAUUAUAAUUACACAGGGUCAGCCAAAAGCAAACAAAUCACAGUUUGCUCUGUGCAUUCAUCGGGGAACUUUACAUAUUCUAAUGUCACUUGGGUUAUUGUGUGUUUUUUUGUUUUGUUUUGUAUUUUACCGGUAAUUAGGCAGUGGGGAUUUUAGUAAGCACUUGCAGUAUCGAUAUGUUUUUGGUAGAGCCAGCCUGAGAGAACUUUGUGUUUCCUGAGGUUGUGGAGGGAGUCGAUCGGGUGGGAUUGUUUUAUUUCCAUGGUCUGCAGGUAGGUGUCACAAUUGCUUUGACUAUAAAGCGAGUAAAGACACCACCUUUUGGCCCCAUGUUUUAACCCCCAUAACCUCUACUUCAUACCGGAUCUAGUGCCACCAUUGAGUCGAAUUGAAAGCUGCUACCACCUCCUCAGCUCCACAGAGGCUGAGACACUCUCUACAUCACGUUUGUGAGAUUAUUGAUGUAUUAUUUCAUUGUUGUUGUUUUUUUUGACGCAUUGUGGAUACUCUUUACAUAACGCUGGUUUGAAAAACAUCUCCUGUUAUGUGAUUUACAUGUUAUUUCUCAGGUUCCUAUAGUUAGCUUAUUUGCCACGGUAUAUUAUUUUAAUACAUAUUCACGUGUGGAAAACAUAAUUUGGCCUUUCUGUGAAACCAUAUUUGUAAAAGGAGGAGUCUUGGGACGCAAAGCGAACGGGACUGAAGUGAACUUGAGGACUUCAAAGUGGAAAAGCCUACAUUUGAUAUUUAUUUUUUUAAGUGAUGGCGACAUGAUGCCUAUAAUUUAUGCAAGUUGUAUUGCAAAAAUGGAAAGCUGACAUCGUCUGUUUGUUUGUAAAUAUAUAAACAUAUAUAUUAUGGACGGUUUUUAUUUGAGACGCAUUUGGGAAGAAGCUACACAAUCUUGUUAUAAGGAGUACUUUUACUAAUUUAUAUCUUUGAAUGUAAAUGAAAUAAAACGCGCUGGUAUAGAUAUACUGGCGGGGUAUGCUAUCCAAUAUUCAAAGGAGAAAAUAUUAAACUGUUUUCCCAACUA